AAGUCGAACUCUGCAGAGUGUUUUGAAUAGCACGCGAACGAAAUUGUUGGUGAUCGCGAAUUAAUUUUAGGAAUUUUUCUCGCACUAAACAACCCUUUCGGUGUGAAUCGUCAUGGCUCUCCACUUUGUCCUCCGAUCUUCGUGCAGAAAUUCUGCUCCAAUCUUCGUUUCGCUUCUCAAUGCCGGCAGAGUACCGGCCGUGAGCCGUUCGCUGACAACUGUCUCCAAAUCGCUGCUGCUGCCAAAGCCGGUGCCCUCGAUUGGAAUCGCCAGCCUGAGACAGUUCUCUGCUAGUCCCAUUCGCCGGGCUGCCGCCACCGGAAACCACGUCACGCUAUGGAAUGCCGAGCGAGCCCUCUCCGUGGCCCUUAUCGGUAUUCUUCCCGUUGGUCUGAUGUUCCCCUCGCAAGCCGGUGACGCUCUGAUGGCCAUCAGCAUUGUUAUGCAUCAGUAUUGGGGACUGGAAGCCAUCGUGACCGAUUACGUACGACCGAUCAUGUUCGGGGCGGCUGUUCCCAAGAUUGCCCACGGCCUGUUGCUGGUCGUUUCCGCUGCCACCCUCGGAGGACUGUUCUACUUCAUUCACAAUGAUAUCGGUAUUGCCAACACCAUCCGGAAGAUCUGGUCUACCAAGUCGAAGGCUUAAACAGAUGAUUGCGCCGCCUGGAGGAAGUUAUCAAUAUUAAUAGUGAAGCAAUCGCGUCUUGCACCCGCACUUUUCAGGGAAUUUUCGGAUAAUGAAAGGUAACCUCUCUCCCGGAACAACACCAGAAAACAGAAGUGAUCCAAAUCGAAAGCGAAAUUGUACGAGCGUGUCACAUUUGAAUAACAAAGUUAUCUCUUAUUUAAAUUAUUCGUGAGACAUAAAGUGUAAAGAAAAUCGA